UCACCCGUCUCCUCAGCGCCCCAGAGCUCGGUCGGAUGCCGGCUGCCGAGUGGGGGGAACGGUCUAGAUGUCCAGUUUCCCUGACGUUGUCUCUCCCCCGUCUGAGAGUCUUGCGCCGGGGUCGGAACGCUUAUCGUCUCCUCCGCUUUCCUGCCGUGGGGGAACUGCAGGGGACAACGUCCGCUUCCGGUUGGCUCCGUCUGGAAGGUUGAAUAUUGAGUGUCCUGAGAGGUCAGAUUGCUGUCAGACAUGGCUGCUGGGCAUGGACAUGGACACGAACAUGGGCACGGGCAUGGCCAUGAUAAACUGGUACUUCCAGAUCACACACAGUGGAAAAUAGAAGGGACACCGCUAGAGACAGUGCAGAGGAAGCUGGCUGCCCGGGGGCUGAGGGACCCAUGGGCUCGCAAUGAGGCUUGGCGAUAUAUGGGUGGCUUCGCAGAGAACAUCUCCUUCAUGAGUGUGCUGUUCAAAGGGUUCAAGUGGGGUUUUGCUGCAUUUGCGGUCGCGGUAGGGGCUGAGUAUUUCCUGGCCUCCCAGAACGGUGAUAAGAAACAUCACUGAAGGCAGCGCCUGGGAUUGUCUCCUGACUCCUCGCUCAUAAAAAUAAGAUUUCCUCUCUCUAGCAUCCUUGGCUGAAUGUUUGUCCUUGAAAGAAUGGCUUAAUAAAAUAAAGAAAAACUUUG